AUGCGGACAUAUUCUGCUGAGCGCCGACGAUGGAUAGGACUGGUCACCAUUUGGAUGGUGAUGGCGGGUGGAUUGCAGCCAGUGAAAACCGCCCACCUAAGCGGCACCUUUGAGGUGGAUGAAUUUUUCCGCUUUCUGCACAAAUUCGGUUUCCAGAAGACGGAAAAACACUCCCAGAAGGACACGGAAUGGGACACGUUUGGGUAUAUCUACGGCAACAUAACGUCGAAGAUUAAUUUUACUGUUCCGGUUACGUUGGCUGUGCUAGAUAAGCGCAGCUUCCUUGAAUACUACGCAAACAGGAACGAUUACGACCGCGAUGUGGCCUGUCAGCGGAUGUUCGAGAAGCUGGAUAAGAUAGUUUAUAGUCGGGCUUGCAAUCCGCACGCGGAAGCCGACUACCUGCGGCGAAUUCCGUGUGAGAAAGGAAAGCUUUGCGUCGAUGAGGAUACACGGGAAAACGUGGUGCCGGGCAGCCAGUUCACAUUCGUGAUUAGUGAUCCUAAUGUGCCGAGAUUCUGGUACGUGUCGAUGGUGGCCUGUUAUCAGAAUGUAUCCACUUGCCAAUGGCAUCAUUACGACUAUCGCAAAUACCAUAUCGAACCGCCAUCCAUCGAUUUCGACAUUACGCUGGUUAACGGUAAUCCGAAUCGUCAAACACUUUCCUUCUUCAACCCGUUGCUGUUUCACUUUUCCUUCGAUCGUCAAAAUACGCUCGAAAUGUAUUUGAUAUUUUUCGUCGUCUAUCUGCUAAUGGUACCGCUACAAAUUUAUGCCGUUCGACUUCAGAAACAUCCGGUGACGAGGCUCUUCACCGUAAGCCUUGUGCUAGAGUUUGUAAGCGUGUGUCUGCUACUCACGCACACGAUUCGCUACGCUAUGAAUGGCGUUGGUAAUGAGAAGCUGGCCAUUAUGGGCGAUAUAUUCGAUAUUUUUAGCAGAACCUCUUUCAUGCUCAUAUUGUUGCUUCUGGCAAAGGGAUGGGCCGUAACGCGGCUGCAGAUCAGCGUCAGCUCUUGGAUUCUACUCAUGGUUAUUUGGAUACCAUACUGUGCCAUACAUGUGCUGCUGUACAUAUGGAACAGAACGGAAGUUGAUAUUAUCUCCGAUAUUGACGAGUAUCAGACAUGGCCCGGGUGGCUAGUGCUUGCUUGUCGUUCCACGAUGAUGCUCUGGUUCCUGUGGGAACUGCGCACCACAAUGAAGUACGAGCAUUCGUCGCAGAAACUAGACUUUCUGCUUCAUUUCGGUGCUUCGAGUCUGGUGUGGUUUAUCUACCUGCCCAUCGUGGCCAUAAUUGCUGUGAAUGUUAGUCCGCUAUGGCGGUAUAAGCUCUUAUUAGGUAUAACAAAUUCUGCCGACUGUUUGGCGUACUGUGUGAUGAUGGGUUUACUGUGGCCCAAUCGGGCCGGUCAGUAUUUGCUGCUAACGGGAACAAACUUUGGUGGUAUGGACGAGCUGGAUGAAUUCAAUGAAGCCCCGCAUAUAGUUCAUCGGGACUCCGAUACGCUACAUAGUAGCAACGGUGAUCUGGCGGUGGAUGAUUACCUGGACAACGAGGACGAUGAAAUUGAGACGCUCGUGCUCAGUACGGACGAUUUGCUUCACACGGGCAAUUCUUACUCCGUUGGUAGUGGUUCCGGUGGUGGCAGUAAACCUCUCACACUCCAUAACGGUAGCGCCAUGAACGGUGGUUUAGGUAAAGGAAGACGAACUUUCGACUAG